UACGGCUUCAUCCUUCUUUGGUGUGUUAUCGAAUGGUGAUUCAUAGUUAUGUAAGCUGGGAAGGUUUGAGCUUCUUAUCAGUGGAGGCCAAAAAAAGGGAAGCCUGGUGUUGCUUGUUUAAAAAAAAAAACGCAUAGAAUGGAAAGAAUAGAAAGUGAGCGAGAGCUCAGAAGAGCGUGCUGGAGUCGCCUGCGAAAUGGCCCUGGUUGUAAACAUAAUAAACAUGGUGGGAGAAUACACAGGAGAUGGACUUGUGUAGUUGUUUAGUCUCCUACAGACAGGAAGAUAACAAGGGGAAGGAUCAGAGCAGAUGCUUGUCCCAAUGGCUCCUUUUUCUCCCUUUCUUCUCUCUCUCUCUGCCUCUCGCUUUCUCUUUCCCACCCUGUCUAGCUCUUUCUCUAAUGUCUCUGGCUGGCUGCUAUUGGUCAUCUGAAGGGGUUUGAAAAACAGGAAGUUGAGGAGCAGGAUGUAGGGAGAGCGCUCUACCCACGGCUUGUUCUGGGACGUUGAGCUUUCAGGGCGGCUGUGCAUAGGAAACGACGCUGUCAUGAUGGUGCCCGAGAUUCUGGACACUGCCUGAAAAGUAAAAAGAAAAGUAGUGACCCUCUCUUCUUUUUCAAGUGCUGUCACUAAGUUUCACUUUACACCAUUGAAGUAAGAUCGUGGUGUGGACACCUGAAGAAAAAUACGCAGAAAGAAAGAGAGUGAGAGAGAAAGACUCGAGAAGAAAGAGUGGAGUACAAUGUGCUAGGGGAGUGAAGGCAGACAAACUCUCGUGUUUUUCUGAUAUUCUCGGGGUGUCAGAGAGACCAAGCAGGACUCCAAGAUGGGACGGAAGAAGAUACAGAUCACGCGGAUCAUGGACGAGAGGAACCGGCAGGUUACCUUCACAAAACGGAAGUUUGGUUUGAUGAAGAAAGCUUACGAGCUCAGCGUAUUGUGUGAUUGUGAGAUUGCCCUGAUCAUAUUCAACAGCUCGAACAAACUCUUUCAGUAUGCCAGCACUGACAUGGACAAAGUCCUACUUAAGUACACAGAAUACAACGAACCCCACGAGAGCAGAACCAACUCUGACAUUGUAGAGAAAUUAAGAAACAAAGGCCAUAAUGACUGUGCCAGUCCCGAUCCAGAUGACUGUUUCGGUCACAGUCCCCUCAUGGACGACCGUUUCGGCAAACUAAACGAAGAGAGUGAUUUAAUGUACAAGCGCUGUGGUGCGCUUAACAAGAAAGAACACAGAGGCUGUGAUAGCCCGGAUCCUGACGCCUCAUAUGUCCUCACCCCUCACACAGAAGAAAAAUAUAAAAAAAUUAAUGAAGAGUUUGAUAAUAUGAUGCGAAAUCAUAAAAUCCCGACGGCCUUGCCCCCGCAGAACUUCUCCAUGCAUGUGGCUGUGCCAGUGACGAACCCCAACACCAUGUCCUACAACCCCGGGGCCUCUCUGAGCAGCCAGAGCCUGUCGGCCGCCGCUGCCUCUCUGAGUGACGGUGCCAUGCUGUCUCCUCCUCAGGGUUCCCUGCACAGAAACAUAGUGUCUGCCGGGCCCCCACAGAGGCCCCCCAGCACAGGCAAUGCAGCAGGAAACGGCUUCGUUAACCCGAGGGGCUCGCCGGGGCUUCUGGGUACACCCAGCGGGAACGGGCUUGGUAAAGUCAUGCCUGCGAAGUCACCGCCGCCACCGGGGGGCAACAUGGGCAUCGGUAGCCGCAAGCCAGACUUGAGAGUCGUCAUCCCCCCAUCCAGCAAAAGCAUGAUGCCACCCCUGCAGUCGGAGGAGGAAGAGAUGGAGCUGGUGAACACCCAGAGGAUAAGCAGUUCCCAGUCGACCCAGCCUCUGGCCACACCGGUGGUCUCCGUCACCACCCCGAGUCUGCCACCACAAGGCCUGGUCUACUCAGGCAUGCCCACUGCCUACAACUCUGAAUACUCCCUGAGCAGUGCUGAGCUCUCCUCUCUGCAAGGCUUUGGCUCUCCAGGGCUCUCUAUAGGCUCAAUGUCGGCAUGGCAACAGCAUCAACUGGGCCAGGCAGCUCUCAGCUCGCUGGUAGGUGGCGGUCACUUACCUCAGGGCUCAAAUCUUUCCAUCAACACCAGCCAUAAUAUCAACAUUAAAUCCGAGCCCAUCUCUCCUCCACGCGAGCGCAUCACCCCGUCCGGCUUCCCACCCCAGCAGCAGCAGCAGCAGCCUCCCUCCGGCCGUCCCGACAUGGGCCGCUCGCCUGUCGACAGCCUCAGCUCCUCCUGCUCCUCCUACGAUGGAAGCGACCGAGAGGAUCACCGGCCCGAUUUCCACUCCCCACUCGGCCUGGGUCGACCCCCAGCCGCCGGGGCCGAAGAGAGGGAGAGCCCCACGGUCAAGCGCAUGCGCAUGGACACCUGGGUGACAUAAAGCUGUCCCGAGCCUGACAGCCAGUCAGUCACACGCAGGGCUGGGCAGGGGGAAAGGGAGAGAGGAGUGACAGCAGGGAGGGUCAUUAUUGUUAUUAUUCUAUUGUUAUAAUUUAAAUGUCAUUUCACUUUUUUUUGUAAGUAGGUAGACGGGGAAAGAAAUCGAAAAUGUCCUGACAUAUCGAAAUUAAGCAGAUGAGUGGAGAGAGUGAGAGAGAGAGAGAGAAUCUCAAGUCAAGCAGUCAGAAUGAACGGUGUACUCAAACAAACAGGUGUUAUCAGGUACUUGAUGCAAAUUGCAUUGCGCGAAAGUCCACUGUAUGAAGAAAACAUUUUCGAUUAUUGUCACUGGUGCAGUUUGACACUCGUAGCUGUUUUCGCUGUUGAUUUUGCAAACAAUCAAAGAAAGUUUAGGGGCAGCUUUCUGUCCGAAGGCUUCUGCCUGCUGGGCUCAUGUAUUAAACAAUCUGUAUCUGCACUCGCCCUUAUAUGAAGUAUGUCACUUAUUAAUUUAUUUAAAGGUAUUUGAUGAUAGAUUUGGAUCAGUUUUACGGGGGAAGGCUUGUAUCUAAAAUUAAAUCACAUUUCACCUCAGUUAAGACAUUAAGUGAAAGAAAUGAAAAUGUCUCUAAAUUAAUAUCAAUAUCAAUUUCCAAUCCUUUUUAACAGCGUGUUUAGCAAAUGGGAAAAGAACAGGUAGCCCAGUCGAUUUAGAGAUGAUAGCAAGUCAUUGUACAUUCAUGCAGCUCCAACAACUCAAUGGUAACGCAAGCCAAAGCCUCUAUGUAAUUUUGUCGUACUGUAGGUUGGGAAUUUUCAGCAUUUCUCUCUUGAUGUUUGUUUCAUAUUAGUUAUGUCAUAGUGUGCGUUGUUACAAACAUUGGAAAACGAUUAACAUGCAAAGCAGAUCUUGAAACGAUAUCUAAAGCCAUGAACACUUGCUGUUCUGUUUGUAAAUUAAAGAUUUGAGCCAAACUUUUUUUUUUUCUUUUGUUAUGUACAUAGCAACUUUAAUAUAUAUCACUUUUGGUGUAAGUACGUAUGUAUUGUACCUUCACCAGAUUCAAGAAAAAAGUAUAUUUUUGUGGAUUACUGCCAAGUUUACAAGGCGAGAUCCUUAUUAAGUAGAGUAUUCACUGGUUAAUAUUUACUAUUUUGUUAACUAUACUGUACUUUCUUCAAAUCUGACUAUUAUUGGUAAUAUUCAAAGUGUUUUUUUUCUUCAAGAAGGUCGUUUUUGGGUCGUUUACCCUUUAAUGGUGGUGAAUGUCUGUCCAUAAAAAAUUGUAACAAGAGAGCUGUAUGAUUGAAGCUCAGCUGUCUUUAUUUUGUUUUGUAACGAUACUCGUCAUGCUAAGAAACGAAAAAAAUAUGGUUGCAUUUCUUACAACUGUUUUGUGAGGGAUUAGCCUGCAGCUGCUGAAUACACUGCCUACUUUAACCCAUCACGGCUUAGAUGCACUAUUCAUUGAGAUCUAGUACAAGACCCCAAGUUUGUAUAAAAAGCUCAUGCUACUAAAUUCAUUUCAACCAAAUCCCUCAUAUAUUGUAAAUACCAUUACUUUAGGUAACCCUAAUACACACAUGCAUACUAUGUACAGAACACCUUUCCAGUUAUUUUGUGAAUUGGCUCAUCUACAGAUUUCCUAAUGUAAAGGAGACACCUUAUGGAGGCAUCAGUCGCUACGUUCUGUAUUGCUGGACAAGAGGGGGCGCUGUAGCUCUCUCCGCCGUCGCGUUUUGCUCUCUGUGUGCAUAUCUCUUCACGUGUGGCUGUUUGUUUGUGCGGCACAAACGUCUGGUAGCAGUGGCCUCCGGCUUGCAUCACACCUCACUGCCCCUCAGGUGGCAAAGCGUCAGGGGAUUCAGCAGCUAAAGAUGGAAAUACUAGACAAUGCAAACUGACUUGGACAUGAUCUCUCUAAUGGAUUGCACAAAAAAUUUGUAUGUUCAAGUUUGCCAUCGGACGCUUUCCUCUUUAGAUUUGUUAUGUAUUCGGUCAGUGUGCGCAUACCUCCCUGCCCUCUUGAGCACCGCAGCAACUGGCAAUAAGCUGAUAUUAAUCUAUGCAGUCCCCAACCCACACAUAGCCAAGAACACAAAGCAUUCACAUUAAAAGUGGAAUUUUUAAUGGGAUUGUUUACCCAAACACGAGAAUUCUGUCAUUUACUCGCCCUCAAGUUGUUCCAAACCUCUAUGAAUUUCUUUCUUCUGCUGAACACAAGAGACAUUUUGAAUAAUGUGUGUGACCAAACAGUUGAUGGUCACCAUACUAUUUAUUUUCCAUACUAUGGAAGUCAAUAGGGACCGUCAGCUGUUUGGUUACCCACAUUCUUCAAAAUAUUUGAAGUUUAACAGAAGGAAGAAUUUUAUACGGGUUUGGAAUAACUUUAGGGUGAGUAAAUGAUGGCAGAUUUUUCAUUUUGGGGUGAACUAUCCCUUUAAUAAUAAUAAUAAAAUAAAUUGAGAGAAAAAAAAUUUAAUCAUGCAUAUUAUACUAUCACAUAUCCAUUAUUUACACAAUGUUGCCUAGUUCAUGAAUACAGUGCUCUUUAUAGAGCAGGUGAGAAAACGACUGUUAACCCUUUGUCCUUAAGUGCUUGCAUAUUAAAGAGAUAGUUCACCCUAAAAUGAAAAUUCUGUCAUUAUUUACCCAGUAGUUCCAAAGUUGAAUGACUUUAAUUUUUUUUAAAUUUACAAUUAUAGCUGAUGUCCAUAGCAUUGCUAUUCACUGAAUGAAACAUUCAUCACAACUGGCUUUGAACGAGAUGACUGAAUUCCUUUUUUUUUUAGGUGAACUAUCCUUCUAUGGUUACGUACAAAGGCACACUGACUAAAUAUGAAAUCCACAAGAGCCAUGCAAACACUGCUUUAGGUAUAGCUUUAGAUUUAACCUCAGAUGUACAAGCUUUGUUGUCUCAGCUGAAUUGAAACACCCAUUAGGAAGUUUUACGAUGUCUGUCAAAAUCAUUUAAAGUUGAUCACAAUCAAAGCUUUUCAGGGUAGACAAGCAAUAAUGCCAGCCCAGUGUUAUGAAAGCACUGCGGCCUAAAAACAUGCAGGAUUUCCAAACUGCAAUGAAUGCACACACAAACACUCAACAUUAGUGCUUGAUUAGGAAUCAGGGAGUUUCUCUGCUACAUGCACAAUUAGAGCCUUAUUCCAAAGAGUUGCUGGUGUUCUGAAUCAAAUAUGAUAUCACUCAUCGCAUUUUGACUUCAUCAAAACAAAAUCACCCUCACGUCAGGGGUUCCUAUAAAUGCACGUGAGAAAUACAUAAGAGAUCUGAAGAGAGGAGGCUGUUCCUUUGGUGCGGAGUGCUGUGUCACAAACUGUUGAAUGUGAAAGGAAGGGAUAAAGAGGAAACAACAAUUGUUUGUUGCGUACUUUCUUCACUUUGCUGUGCAAGAGUACACUGCUUUGCUUUAUGGCUUUUUUAAAUCAGAAUUAUGUAUUUGGUAAUUGUUUGUAGUUACUAGUUCACUUCAAGAAGCUGUUUGCGGUUUGGACGCUCAAACCGUUUGGCGGCACAAGCUGGACUUUGUUGCCAUAACUGAAACAAGAUGUUUCAAAAAGAAAAGAAAAAAAAAGACAACAACAAAAAAAAAAGAAAAAAGAAAAAAAGAGUAAAACAUGAGAGAGAACUUUAAGUUAAUCUGCAUUAUAUUUCCCUUGAAUGUGUUGUUUUAUCUUCAUUAUACAAUAAAUAUUCUAGUGAACUUUUUAUUGAAUGACUAAGAUAUUAUGCUAGAGAUUGUUGUACAAAUUUGUAUUCUGCAUUCACUAAAGUAAAGAUAUUGGCUUUUAUUGUGUAACAUAGGUUCUCUCGCUUAUUCUGUGCAAACUGAAGUGAACAGUUCUCUGAAUUUGAGUAGACUUUGUCCACAUGUGAAGUCCCAAACAUUAGAAUCUGUCCGCUUUAUUAAAAACCUCAUUGUACCCUCAAA